AUGGGGAAGACACGUGGUAUGGGAGCUGGGCGCAAGCUCAAGUCCCACCGCAUUCGGCAAAGGUGGGCCGACAAGGCUUACAAGAAAUCUCACCUUGGGAAUGAGUGGAAGAAGCCAUUUGCUGGGUCAUCUCACGCCAAAGGAAUUGUACUCGAGAAAAUAGGCAUUGAGGCCAAACAGCCCAACUCUGCCAUUCGUAAGUGUGCUCGUGUGCAGCUGAUCAAGAACGGAAAGAAGAUUGCUGCUUUUGUCCCUAAUGACGGUUGUUUGAACUACAUUGAAGAAAAUGAUGAGGUGUUGAUUGCUGGAUUUGGACGUAAGGGACAUGCCGUGGGAGAUAUUCCCGGUGUUCGGUUUAAAGUGGUGAAGGUAUCUGGGGUUUCACUUUUGGCCCUCUUCAAGGAGAAGAAGGAAAAGCCUAGAUCUUAG